AUGUUCUAUUCGAGUGCUGACUCGCUGACUAAAUGGGCGCAGGUUCCCGCCCAACGGAAGACCUACGGAAAAAGCGAAUAUGUCCUCACCCCUGACGAUAUUAGAGCAGACCUUACUCUUGGGAAAGGCCGACCUCAAUGGAUAUUUUCUGCCUAUGGUCCAGGUAAAAAUAUGCCGAUCCAAUUGUUCGGUGGGCCUGAAAGAGAGAAAAGCUUUGAGGAAAUGCGCGCUAUCCAUUAUGACGCUAUCAUUACCAGAACUACUGAUAAAGCUAUUGAAGAUGCAAAUAAUCUGUACGCGGCUGCCGAGAACCAAAUCCAUGCCAUUCUGAAUGAUAUUGAAGGUGCAAUAAAGUAUUUAAUCAAUGGUACAAACCAGCAUCCCAAUCGCAUUGAUUUUCUAGAUGGAAAAGGGAUGCAUCACUCGGGACCCCCGGCACCUGCCGCUUCCUCUCAAUGGACGACACCCUUUCGUCAACCCACACAAGCCAUAGAUGGGUUUGGUAAACCCUCUGUACCUGGACAACAACAGCAACAACAACAAAUAGCAUUUGGCCAAGCGGCAUCUGGUCCUCCAAUAUUUGGCCGCCCAUCCGCUAUCAGCCAGACGACAAGUGACACGUCAGCCCCGGCAGCAUUUGGCCAAAUAUCAACAACGACUCAAACUGUAUCUCAAGAGCAACUUGACUGCGUCAAAAUAAAUACCAUUUCGCCGUUUACUCGGGUUUCAAAUCAGAGUCAUUCCUAUAGACAACUACAGCGUCCGAUUCAGGGCCAAUUCGGGACGGGAGUAGCUACGGGCACACUCGAGCCUAGUCAGAUGAAGAAUCCGUUUAGACAGCCCUCAUCCACUUUAACCCCAAGUACACCCAUAUCUUCUGGUGAUCCGCAAGCGCACACAAACAUUUUCUCUUCUCAAUCGCCAAUGUUUGGUAGGGAAACAACCACCGCGCGGCCAACCCACCAACUAUCUUCCCCUGUACCGCCCCCUAGCACUAUUAUUUCAGCAAACAUCAUAACAUUAAACCCUCUGCCUAAACUCACAGGAGAGACCCAACACGAUCCAAUGACCAACAAACUUUUGGUAUGGAAAGGCCAGGUUGUCAAAUACAUCGAUGACGAGCCGUGUUAUCAACAUCCAGAUAACCCAACAACUUUUGUCCAUAUUUUCUUUCCUGAUGGCGCACCCACUCCAGAUGCCUUCAAAAGUUCCAUUGGCACACCUGGUGAAUAUACGUCGGGAAUUGAGACGGCAUAUAGCUAUUCAAAGGAGCACGGCGCGUUCAAAAACGGACUUAUGCCCCUUGUUCCGCCAAAGCCAGAAUGGUGCAGCUUUGAUUUAUAA